CUGCACUGCCAAGGGAACCAGCUGAGCCUCUCCUGAGCAAACACACACACUCACCAAACAGGAAAACUAUUACUCUUUGACGUGAGAAGCCUGUGGGGACGCUCAGUUGGAUUGGAUUCACUUGUCCUAAACAGGGCCGGAAAGGUGAAUGACACCAACAUCAGGAUCAUCUGGGCCACAGGGAAGAACAAUACACUGCGAUUAAUUGGAUUACAAAACAACUCUUUCCAGAGAAGUCAGUCUUCUCAUCCGGUUCGCCCGCCGACCUGUCAGACUUGGGAUGUUGUUCUCCAAUUGACUCCCGCAACCCCAAGACCAUGUUCGGCCCCAGGAAGAGCAGUCUUCCUUCCCCCAGCCUGGAGGACUCCUUUUUCCCGCUCUCGUCUUCCUCGUCCAUAUCGCUUUCCUUCGCCCUGCCCGCCUCCACGCCGGAUCGCGGGAACGUCGACAGCGGCGGCGGCAUCGAGACGGAUCUGAUUCUGGCAGCUGAGCUGGGACAGGCACUGCUGGAGAAGAAUGAGGAACUGGCCGCUGCUCUGGAACAGAAAGAGAGGGAAGUGGAGAUGUUACAGCAGCAGAAGUACGUUCUGCAAAGGAGGCUGGAUAUGAAUGAACUGGCAUCCGGACAGAAGGAAGCUGAGCUGAACGGCGAUUUGGCCGCCUUACGAUCCGAGCUGGACCGCCAUCAAAUUCAGGGGCGGGACCGGCGCAGGGAUGAGAGCGAGCAACUGACUCAGUUAUCUAACCAUAACCAGCGUUUGGUGGAGCAGCUAUCAGAGGCUGUGACGCUGGAACAUUCCCUGAGGACGGAAAUUCGUACCUUGAGAGAGGAGAUGGACGAGUCCUCCUUCAGCCGGAAUAUCAGCUCCACACAAUUAGAAAAUACACUCGCAGAGAGCCGAGUUUUGAAGGGGCGGCUGUGUCACAUGGAAGCGCAGCUGAAGGCCUCCCAGGAAGACAGCGAAAAGCUGCGCUCCGAGCGGAACGACCUGAGGGACAGAGUGACGGAGCUUCAGGUGCAGCUGAGAGAGAAGGAGGCAGAGCUCGAGCAGGAGCAAGGGGUGGUGUUUGAGUUGCGUACCAUGAAUCGCUCUCUGCAACAAAAUGCCCUGAGCCUGGGAGAAGAGAGCAUCCUGGACAUUACACACACACCACCUUUGUCACUGCUUAGUGAAAUUCAGCAAUCCCAGGCCAAAGAUGCCCUCCUAGCUCACUCUGCGGCCCUGCAAGCAAGAGAUGAUGAGAUAGCGGCACUCAAAGAGGAGUUGGAAUCCCAACGAGAAGAACUGGAAUCACUGAGGGAGGAAAUCAAGCCAUUUCGAGGCAGUCCAGACGCGCCAAAGUAUAGUUCGUUAGAGAGCGAGUUGGUCACGGUUCGACAGGAGAAAGACUUACUGACCCAUCAGCUCCUCAACACCAUCCGACACAAGGUGGCGCUGUCCCAAGAGCUGGAUGCUUGGCAGGAGGAUAUGCGCUUGGUAAUCAAUCAGCAAGUGCUCCAGAAGGAGGAGGACAGACUCAAAGAAGUUGAGCGAGAGCGCGGUAGCAUAGGAGGACUCCAAAGAAGCAAGUCUUUGAAAUUAAAAGGCGAAGCAGGAAAAGGAUUCUUCUCAUCUCUUUUCAAAGACAAAUAACACAUCAGAAAACAGAAAAUUGAUUUCAAAGGGACCGCACAUCAAACUAACUAAUUUUGUACCAUAACAAGCAAUUGUGUAUAUAGUUGUAUUUAUGAAUGUACAGUAGAGUAAUACUUUCAACUUUUAUUGCUUUGUAUUAAAAUGUGAUUUGAGAUUUCGUGUA